AUGCUUGAACCUACGGAAAUUAGUAUAAGUAGUUCCAAUAAUGACGAAACAGAUCCUCCUAGUAGUACCUUUACGGUACAAAACAUUUACGAUUUCGAUAAAGAAGAUUCUUCUUAUGGAUGCUUGAAGUGCACCCCCUCGCAAUUUCAUACGGAAAUUCGCCGCCCCAAGGCUCCAUUCAACCCAAGGGCAUUUGACUGGUCUGAUGGCCAUUCGUCCCUUCCAUUAGCUGCAUACCAUUUUUCAGAUGAAUGUUGGGGACAAUAUAUUGUUUGA